CUGUCUUUUUAAACCAUUUUGAAGAAAGCUCGUUCUACGGAUCGAGUGUAUUCAUAAGUUUUGUGUUUUACCAUUGCAAUUUGUGAUAUUUAGUACUAUAAUUUCUAGAAUUAGCAUUAAGUGAACUAUAGUAAGGUAAUAGGUGUAAAAAAAUUGAAAUACCAUCAACUCACUUCGUGACAGAUUGAUUGGCGUUCACGUUCAGUAAACGAGUUACAGGUUAUAGGCGAAGUUUAUUAAAUUUUACCAGUAGUAUUCGUUUGAGUUAAUUUACAAUGGAAAGCAUGGAUGUUGCACAAGAAGGAACUUCGGCGGCUACUACACCGGUGCUCGAAAAUGGGCCGGACAAGAAUGUUGCAGCGGAGGAGAUGACAUCCAGAGACUAUUAUUUUGACUCAUACGCGCAUUUUGGUAUCCACGAGGAAAUGCUAAAAGAUGAAGUUCGCACGCUCACGUAUCGAAACGCUAUGUACCAUAAUAGGCAUUUAUUCAAAGAUAAAACAGUGUUAGACAUUGGAUGUGGUACGGGCAUCCUGUCAAUGUUUGCAGCGAAGGCCGGUGCAGCUAAAGUGAUAGCAGUGGAGUGCUCCAAUAUUGUAGACUAUGCUCGUAAGAUUGUUGAGGCAAACAAACUCGAUGAUAUCAUAGAAAUUGUCAAAGGAAAGGUGGAGGAAGUGGAGUUGCCAGUAGACAAAGUGGACAUAAUAAUAUCUGAGUGGAUGGGCUACUGCCUGUUCUAUGAGAGUAUGUUGGAUACGGUGUUGUAUGCUCGUGAUAAGUGGCUGAAACCCGGUGGCAUGCUGUUCCCUGACAGAUGCACAUUGUUCAUCUGCGGUAUUGAAGAUCGGCAGUACAAGGACGAGAAGAUCAACUGGUGGGAUGAUGUGUAUGGCUUUGAUAUGUCCUCCAUCCGUAAGGUGGCAAUCUCCGAGCCACUUGUUGAUGUUGUUGAUGCUAAACAGGUGGUAACAAAUUCUUGUUUGCUGAAAGAAAUUGACCUAUAUACAGUUAAGAAAGAAGAUUUGAACUUUGAAGCAAAAUUCCAUAUGCAGGUCCGUCGUAACGACUUCAUCCAAGCUCUGGUGACAUUCUUCAAUGUAGAGUUCACUAAGUCUCACAAGAGGCUGGGCUUCAGCACCGCUCCCGAGGCACCGUACACACAUUGGAAGCAGACCGUCUUCUACUUUGAUGAGUAUAUGACGGUGAAGAAAGGUGAAGAGAUAACAGGCACAUUCUCUAUGAAACAGAAUGAACGGAACAACCGUGACCUUGACUUUGAAGUGGAGAUUGAGUUCAAGGGAGAACUCUGUCAGGUCAAAGAGAAGAAUCACUACAGAAUGCGUUGAGUGUGGCUCCCGGUGACUCAAUGUAGACUCACUAUGCUCAACCCGAGCAUUGAUAGUGAUAUUAAGUUUUUAUUUCUCAGUGUGAAGGACAUGUUUCUAUGUGAAGUAUUACAGUUCAAAAAAUGUUUUCGUUGAGUAAAAGUUGAAGAAUUGUACAUCAUAUAGAUGCUAGAAUGCAAUGAAACACAAUUAUCCAGUAAAUAUUAUUGGGUAUUUAAAUUGUUGUUUACUCGUGUCAAAUUUGCCAAAACAACUCAAUUUGCAAGUGCGGAAUUAACUGUGUUGUAACCAUGUGUAAAACAAAAUAUUCAUUGGAAUAUUUUCUUUUUCUUUUAAUUUACUUUUUCAAUUAUCAAAUAAUGUUGUAAAUU